UUGGUGACCCUGUGUGAGACCAGGACCAUGUCCCUUGCAGGUUGGUGGCUGGUGGCAGUGAGCAGGGCACAGCAGUUGCCCCGACCCUCCCUGUCGCUGCACCCCAGCCAGGGGGUGUCCCUGGGGAAAAAUGUCACCCUGCGGUGCCAUCUGACCCAAUUGGUUGCGUGGGUCUGGCUGUACCAGGAAGGAGGUUGGACAUACAACAAGUACAAGAACAAGGAGCAGGACACGACCGAUUUCUGCUUCUUCAGCACAAAUUGGCAGCACGCAGGUACAUAUUGGUGUCAGUACCGAGUGCCUUGGUCAGCAGUGGAAUCAGAGAAGAGUGAUCCCGUGGAGCUGGUGCUGACAGGUGAGGGC